AUGGAAUUCUCUUAUCACCUAAAGGAGAUUGAAGGAAAGAGUGUUCAUGAUUAUGUCGAUUUCCUCGGUUCAAAAAUGGUCAAGAGUGUCCGGGUUAACGGUCCCUUGAUAGUUGGGGCAGGUCCAUCAGGUUUAGCCACAGCCGCAUGUCUAAAGGAGAAAGGCAUUUCAAGCUUGAUUCUCGAAAGAAGCAAUUGUUUAGCUUCUCUAUGGAAACACAAAUCCUAUGACCGUCUUCAUCUUCAUAUUCCUAAACAAUAUUGUGAGCUUCCACUAAUGCCUUUCCCUUCUACUUAUCCAACUUACCCAACAAAGCAACACUUCAUAUCAUAUCUAGAGGAUUAUGCACGGCAUUUUGGGUUGGUUCCAUCGUUUGGGGAGACUGUCGUUAAUGCAGAGUUCGAUAAGGUAAGUGGUUAUUGGAGGGUGAGGAGCCAGACCAAGGGAGGGGAGAUCAAAGAGUAUGUCUCUUCGGAGUUGAUUGUCGCCACGGGUGAGAAUGCUGAUGACUUUGUGCCGGAGAUUGAAGGAGUCGACGAGUUCUUGGGGACGGUUGUUCAUAGUAGUUGUUAUAGGAAUGGUGAAUGUUAUAGAGGAAAGAAGGUUUUGGUUGUUGGAUGUGGGAAUUCAGGAAUGGAGAUAUCUUUGGACCUUAGCGAUCAUGAUGCUAUGACAUCUCUCGUUGUUAGAGAUUCAGUGCAUGUCUUGCCUCAGAAGAUGUUUGGAAGAUCAACUUUCGGCAUAUCUAUGAAUUUGCUCAAGUGGUUCCCCGUGAAGAUCGUAGAUUAUUAUUUGCUCGUAAUGUCAUGGAUCAUACUUGGGAAUACAGCUCGUUAUGGUCUAAACCGACCAAAGAUUGGUCCCCUCGAACUCAAGGGCAUUUCUGGAAAGACGCCUAUCUUGGAUCUUGGUACACUAGGGAAGAUUAAAGCUGGGGACAUUAAGGUACGACCCGGAAUAAAGAAGGUAGGCCGUGACUCAGUCGAAUUCGUAGAUGGAAGCAUGGAGGAGAAUUUGGAUGCUAUCAUUUUGGCGACAGGUUACAAAAGUAAUGUUCCAACUUGGUUAAAGGAGACAUGUUUCUUUUCCAAAAAGAACGGGCUUCCUCAAAAUCCUUUUCCAAGAGGAUGGAAAGGCGAUAAUGGUUUGUAUGCUGUCGGAUUCACGAAACGUGGCCUGCUCGGUACUUCCAUGGAGGCAAGAUGGAUAGCGGAAGAUCUUUUUAUUGCUAGGAAAAAAUCUAUUUUGAAUUAUGUCUCAUUAAUAUAA